CUAUAUAGCAAGCAAAUCACUCUUCUUCUAUAGCUAUCAAUCGAUCAUCGAUGUCGAAACUGAAGAUCGCCGGAGCGUGGACGGGCGUUUUAGAAUUGGAAUUGGAAGAUUGGACUGUAUCCAUGUUGAGGGCAGAAGUCGCCAAGCGAUCCGACUGCUCCCCUGACUCCAUUAACCUUAUAUGCGCAGGGAAGGUUCUGAAAGACGGCGAUGGCACCGAUAAGCUUAUCCAAAUUGGGGUUAAAAACAAUGCAAAGAUACUCGCCACUCGUGUCUCUGCCGAUAAGGGUAAGGCUCUGAAUAAUGAAAUGAUGGCUGAGGAAGACAGGUCUAAAAGGCUUUCUCGAAUCAAAGCUGCUGCAGAUUCACUUGCCAAGAGACAUGCUGAUGGAUCGUUACCAUUUGAAGACUUCAAUAUGGAACUUGAAAAUCAAAGUGGAGAAAAAGUGCAAUUGGGAUCUGAGACAGAUCAGCGUGCUAUAAUGAUGGGACUUAUGCUUCAUCAAAAGGCAAAGACUUUGAUUCGAAAACAAAAGUAUAGUGAUGCACUUGAGGUGCUGAUCAUGGGAGAGGAAUCUUUCUCUCUUUCAAAUCAUAAGGUCAUUCAGAUGAUUGAUAAUGUCCCAAUAUUGCAAUUAGAUAUUGUCUGGUGCUACUUAAUGCUUCAAGAUAUAACUUUGCUUGCGGAUGCUGGUUUGCGUCUUUCUAAGGCUAGAGAAGGGAUUGAGAGGUCACAUGGUAAGGAGUCGAGUCGCCUCAAACUCAUCCAAGGAGAUUGCAAUCCAGAGACAGCAUUACACUUGAGGAUGGAGCUAUUGGAAGGAAUAGUGGCAUACCAUAGUGGUCAGCUAGAGAAGUCACGGAAAUCCCUAAAUUCUGCUCAAGCUAAAUUUCUCCGGCUUCAGGUAUCUGAUGAAGCAUUGUCGCUUCUCAUAAGCAUGGGUUAUAAGGAACGCGAUUCUAAAAGGGCUUUGCGAAUGAGCAAUCAAAACAUUCAGUCUGCUGUCAACUUUUUGAUUGAGGAUAAAGCGAAAGUGGAAAGGAAACGUGAUGAGGAUAUUCAAAGGAGGGAUGAGAUUAAGGAGCAAAAACGAUAUGGAACAACAAAGCUCAAGAAAGCUGUCGACAUGAAGAGUUUGACCGAGCUGUCUUUUCUCGGGUUUGAGAAAGUGAUAGCUGCUGAAGCACUUAGGAGGAAUGAGAAUGAUUUCCAAAAAGCUUUAGAUGACUUAACAAGUCCAGAAACUAACGCUGUCAUACAGAUCGAUGUUGAAUCAAGGAAAAGGAAGAGACAGCGAUCUCGUGCAGAGAAUGUGAAUAAUGCAACUACUAGUGAUUCAACUACUAGUGUUUCGACUACUAGUGUUCCAGUAGCUGGAGAAUCUGGAAUGCAGGAUGAUGGUAUUGAGAAUUCAGUUACGGCUAACAAUGAAGAUGCUAUGGGAAGCGCAAUUGAGGAUUUUAAGGAUGAAAUCUAUGAACGAGAUGUGGAGAUGGAAGAUGAGCUGACUGAAGAACUUCAGAGGGUUGAUCCGUUUUCGGAUUAUGACAUAGAAUUCACCAAGGAAGGUGAAGCUAUCAGUGAGUAUUUGGCUUUGUUGUCUUCUUCUACCUCUGGAGAGAAAAAUUAAGAGGUUUCAUGUUGUAACUAAGAAUCAUUUGCUUUAUUAGGAACUGUAAGUAUACAGUUGUUAAGACCUUAUUUUCAUGAAACCUUCUAAUCUCUCUUUAGUAUGAAGAUAUUAUUAAAUUGUCUAAAUUAUGAACUUGCUUAUUUG